AUGAGCCAGACGAAGGACACGACGAAGCAGCAGGCGGCAGCAGCAGCCGCUGGCUCGGACGAUGAGGAGGAGCUGCAGACGCAGAAGGCGAAGAGCGAUAACGACGAGAACAGCGCAAUGGAGAAACUCACGGACCUCGUGGAGGAGAAGCAAAUGGACGGGAACAAGAUGAAGCUGGCGUUCCAGGCGCUGUGUAAGCAGGAGGAAGCCCAUAAAGAGGCGGAGCGGCUGCUGGAGAAGAAACUGACAGCAGUGAAAGUCCGUACCGACGAUGUGGCGCUCGUGGCUCAGGAGAUGGAGAUCUCGACGCAGCAAGCAGACCGCAAACUGCGCGAAGCCGACGGCGACGUUGUCAAGUGUCUGCAUGCGCUCGUUGCGGCGUAG